AUGGCGUCGCUAUUAGGUGCUGACUACGAGUCUAGCGACGAUGAGACCGCGCGCCCCCAGUCUCAAACUACCGUGCCAACAGCGACUAAGAUUGUCGCAGCGCCUGAAGUAAAUACAGAGGACCAAGCACAUAUGCAGAUGAUGCUUGCUAAUACAUCCUCCCAAGCUCUGACCUACAAUGCAACAUAUGACGAUCUCUCCCGUCCCAACCAGGGUCCAGCGAAUCCGUUUAAGCCUGAUGGCCCCGCGAAUGGACUCAAACGCAAGAACGUGCCUACGGGGUACGCAGAAGAAGCAGCAAUUAGCGCAGCCACCUUCGCCACGCAACACCGCACAUUCCAGAGCUUAGGAUACACACGCAACCCCGGACUACCGGGCCAGUUUGUGGGAGACCUGGACCGGGCGGCACAGUAUGGAGGCCGGGAUAUCGUACAGAUGAAGCCGUCGAAAGAGGUAUCGGCAGCCUUGCGGGCCAAAAGGCAAAGGAAGGGUGAUUCGAGCAUUGUCGAGGGUGAAGGCGCUUAUCUGGGGCCGUGGGCGAAAUAUAAGGAUGAUGACCAUAUGUAUCAGGAAGCGGAGGCGGCCGAAGACCGAGAACUUGCCAGUGACGAGGAGUACGUGGAGGAAGAGGAAGAGGAGAUCGCCCCAGCUCAUAUGCCUGCUAUGAGCAAGCAAUCGACAGACUACCAGGACGAUUCGUCCAAGGUGGAAACUACCGAGUUCCACGGAUCCGAGCAAUUCGACUACUUGGGCCGGACGUACAUGCAUGUACCGCAAGACCUGGAUGUGGACCUCAGGAAGGAGGUUGGAAGUGUCAAGAACUUUAUCCCGAAGAAACUCAUCCACACCUGGAAAUCACAUACUAAAGCCAUCACAUCCCUUCGUUUCUUCCCUCAGUCCGGCCAUCUCUUACUAUCGUCUGCAGCGGACGGCAAGGCCAAGAUCUGGGACGCAUUCCAUUCGCGCGAGCUUCUGCGCACUUUCUCUGGUCACUCCAAAGCUAUCACCGACACAGAUUUCCAUCCCACCGGGAAAACGUUCCUCACAGCAUCCUACGACCGCCAGAUCAAACUCUGGGACACCGAGUAUGGCAAGUGCCUUGGUCGUUUCUCUACCGGCAAGACGCCACACGUCGUUCGGUUCAACCCCGGUGCGGAUCACUCUCACGAGUUCCUGGCCGGUAUGUCUGACAAGAAGAUCGUGCAAUUCGAUACCCGCUCCGGCGAACUGGUCCAAGAAUACGACCACCACCUAGCAGCAAUCAAUACCAUCACCUUCGUUGACGAGAACCGUCGCUUCAUCUCCACAUCUGACGACAAAUCCCUCCGCGCCUGGGAAUACGGCAUCCCCGUCCCGAUCAAGUUCAUUGCGGAACCAUACAUGUUUGCCCUCACACGGGCAGCACCCCAUCCAAACGGCAAGUAUGUCGCCUUCCAAUCCGGCGACAAUCAGAUCGUCGUCUACGGCGCCACGGAUAAAUUCCGCCAAAAUCGAAAGAAGAGCUUCCGCGGCCAUAAUAACGCUGGUUACGCCAUUGACCUCAAGAUCUCUCCCGAUGGUCAGUUCAUAUGCUCCGGCGACAGCGCCGGAUACGUAUGCUUCUGGGAUUGGAAGACCGGGAAAAUGUACCACAAAAUUAUGGCGAGCGGCAAGGAAGGCGGUGCGACGACUUGUCUUGACUGGCAUCCUCAAGAGACGAGUAAGGUCGUCACUGGUGGAUUGGAUGGUGUGAUUAGAUACUGGGAUUAG